AUGCAGCAGCCCGAGGAACCACAUUACCAGUAUGCAUCCAUUCCCUCGUUCACGUACGCGAGCUUCGACAGUCAAUUCCAGACUCAAGAUGUUGGCCAUAUGAAAGUUUCUUUCAGCAGACCCAUUCUCCCAUUCAAUAAUCUGACGGGGGCCAACGAUCAGGAAAACAAAGAAGACCCCAACACCGACGAUUCAAAGAAAGAGGAGGCUCCUGAAUCCAAAGUAGACGAACCAGAAGGCUCUCCUGCUGAAAAUCCAGAAGCUUCAGAGUCUGCAGAAGCAACCGACCCAACACCACCGACUGAGCCCGCUGAGACUGAAGCUACUGAAGCUGCCCCCACCGAUGUCCCCAAUGAAGACGCAAAAGAAGAAGCCAAAGACGCGCCUGGCGAUGAUCCUGCACCAGACGCAGAGGGCGAGGGCGCAGCCGAAGCCGAGCCUCCUACGGAAGAUGCAGAGCCAGAAAAGAACGAUGAGAACCCUCCUUCAGCAGAAGAAGAUAUCGAAGCAGAACCGACGCCCGACGAUAUUGGAGAGAAUGAUGAGGAGUUUCCAGAUGUUGACCCUGGGGCUGAGCACGAUAAAGUAGAGGCUGAGAAAGCGGAGUUUCUAGCUGAAGAUGCUGAAGCGCAAGAAGAGGUUGUAGAUGAAGCUAAUGCUGAUGCCCCUGCUGAUGAAUCUAAUGCUGAUGCCCCUGCUGAUGAGGCUAAUGCUGAUGCCCCUGCUGAUGAAGCUAAUGCUGAUGCCCCUGCUGAUGAAGCUAAUGCUGAUGCCCCUACUGACGGUGCUUCGACUGCGGUUGAACCUGCGCCUGAGGAAACUCCAGUCGCCGAAACGGAGCCGGCUGGCACUCCUUCAGAGGACCCGGUAGUAAAAGCAGCAGAGACUCCCAGUACUACUGAAGAGACUCAACAGGAUGAAAAGUCAACAAAUUCAGAGUCACUACCGGAGGAACUUGAACCAACCUCCUCUUCUAAGAAAAAGGAUAAGAAGAAGAAAAAUAGGAAGGGUAAAAAGGCGGCGGUCGCUCCAGAUCCUGAGCCCGAACCUGCUGCGGAGUCAACUACUGAAACCGCAUCCGAGCCUGAGCAGUCUCCUCCGAAACCAGAGGAAACCAUAGCACCAGAAGCUCUGCCUAAAGAAGAGCCUGAGCAACCUGUGGAAUCAGAACCACCCGUUGAAUCGGAGCCACCUGCUGAAUCAGAGCCACUCGCUGAAUCAGAAUCAUCCGCUGAAUCAGAACAACCUGCUGUACAGGAAGACCAACCGACAGAAUCAGAAACAUCAGCAGAAGCUCCCACAGAAACACCUGCAGAACCUGAAGCUCAACCAAGUGAUGAAGCAGCUGCCGAACCUGAAGCUGUACUAAAGGAUGAAACGGUUGCCGAUAUCGAGAAUGACCCGAUCGAAUCUCCCGAAGAUCUCGCGGAAGAAACUGCUUCGCCAGAACCGGAGGAAGCGAAAUCCGAGCCAGAGUCUCAAGCUGAGGCAUCUGAUCAAGGCGCAGAAGAUGUACCUGUAGAGGCUGCUUCAGUUCCAGACGCCGAAGGAAAAUCCGAAGAGUUAGCCUCAGAAGCAGCUGCCGAAGAACCCAAGGACAAAUCAUCUACUGAAAGUCCUGGUGAUCCUAUUCCCAAUGGGUCUAUUGAAGAAGAAGCCCCUGAACAGGAAGCGGAAACUGAAGUAGCAGCUCCAGAAGUUGCCGCUGAAAUUUCUGCAGAAAAGCCUGUGGAAGAAUUCGUGGAUGACUUUGUUGACCAACCCUUGGAAGAGCCUGUGGAAGAAUUUGUGGAGGAAUUUGUGGAGGAAUUUGUAGAAGAACCUGAGGAACAUGCGCCUGAUGAUGUGCCUAGUGAAGAACCAACUCCAACAGAAAAUCCAGUAGAAGAAGCUCCUACAGAGGAGAAGACUUCUCCGGUAGAGAAAGAACUGACUACUGAGGACCUGGUGGAUCAAUUCUCGCCAGCAGAGGAGCCAGAGAUGGAGGAGUCUGCUAAUGACCCUCCCAUCGAGGUAGAACCUGCUGAAGAGCCUAUCGCGGAAGAUGCACAUGUUGAACAGUCUCCCGAGGCGGAGACUAAAAUUGCUGCCGAUGAGCUUGUCGAGGAACCUUCUGUCGAAAUUGAUGAAUCUCCUCAAAAUGAUCAUUCAAAUGAGACUGUUCCUGAAGAUUCUGCAGCUAGGGAGAUUACCGCCGAGGAAGUUGCAGCCGAUUUACCUGCUGAAGAGCCCGAAGCGCCGAAAGAAUUGGAUGUUAUAGCUGAGCCUGCACCUGAAGAACCUGCUCUUGAGGAACCUGCGCCUGAGGAGCCUGCGCCUGAAGAACCUGCGCCUGAAGAACCUGCGCCUGAAGAACCUGCGUCUGAAGAGCCUGCACCUCCUGCACCUGAAGCUGCUGAUCCUCCUCCAGAAGUAGUCGAGGAGAUCCCCGUGGAAACCACCCGUGAACUUACUCCCGAAGCCGCGGCACCUGAAGAGGCACCUGAGCCUGCACCCGAGGUGCUUCAAGCCACGGUGGAAGAGCCAGAGCCGCUUAUCCCACAGCGAGAGCAGCCCAGAAACCUUCCUCAUGAAGAGCCUAUUGUCAAGGAACGAGCACCUGUGGAACCGUUCCCCACAGAAACCACCCGCGAUAAGCCCAUGAGAGAGCCUUCUCAUCGACAUAAGAAACGGGUGCCAUCGGAUCGUGAGCGGCGGGACUCAACAAAGUCAUCAUCAGACGGACGUAAAGAUCAGCUGAAGCGCCAGAAAAGCGAGCGAGGCAUUAUCACCAACCGAUGGGCCAAAGCUAUGGAAGAGGCUCGCCGUCAACACGAAGGGAAGAAACGCGCCGAACAAAAGAGCUACAGAAAGCACUCUAUUGAUGAAAACAAGGAGCCAACUGACGCCGCACCUCCAUCAGGUGGUUCCAGACGCUCUGGCCACUCUCAUCAUUCUGCAGAGAAGGAGAGAGGGGUGGAAAGAGAAGUGCCUGCCGUUAAUAUAAAACCUAAACGCCGUUCCUCUGAGAAGGAGCAGCCACGCUCGUCUAAGCCCGAUACUAAUGUUAAGCCCAGGCGUCGCUCUUCUGACAAAGAGCAGCCUCGGUCCAAGCCUUCUUCGUCCGACAAACCGUCUGCCCCGGCACCAAAGCCCCGUGCUUUCCUCAAAUACAUGGCGAAUGGAAAGUCAGAUGGUAAUGGUCCUUUUAUACGGCCUAAUCCCUCAUCCAAGUCCUCUGCAGCUACAUCCGAGCGGCCACGUCGUGAUUCCACUAGUCAUAGCCAUGGAAGCAGUCACCAUGAGCAGGCGCCAGCAGAUGAGAAGGUGGAGAAAACGGAGGAGAGGAAAGUUGAGAAGAAGCCUAUUCGUCGAUCUCAUGAACGACGUGAAGAGGGAUCUCGACGCGAAGAGCAUAGUUCUCGACACGAGAAGAGAUCACACAAAAGAGCUGCCGAAGAACCAGAGAGCAAACCCCGCGACAAGGAGAAGAAGCCUGAGAGCUCCCGUCGCCACCAUGAAAGCAGCAAUGACAAGGAUGUUCGAACGCACCAUCGCCGUCACCGCCGUGAGCAAUCUCCACCAAGAGAGCAGUCUAAGCUCAAGGGAUUCUUCAAGAUGAUUUCGGUUCAUUGA